AUGCGCACGAUCGCACGCGCACAGCUGGCGACGCCGUACGCGAAUCUCCUGUCGCCCGACGACUGGGCGCCGUUCCCGGACGCGCUUCGCUGGCUCGAGCGAGUCGUCAACCACCCGACCUGGAUCGCGGCGCUCGGAAAAGUCCCGAAGUGCGCGACGCCGCUGACGCGCGCCGCGCCCGGCGCCGACGUGCCCGUCGCGGCGUGGCCUCCCGAGCUCGCGGAGAUGCGACGCGAGACGGACGAGCGGCUGAGGCGAGCGUCCGAGGCGGCGCGGCUCGCCGCCGCGAAGGACGCCGCGUGCGAGGACAGCACGAAGAGAUUUUUCAGCGCGAUUCCCGUGAUCGACGUGUCGUCGUUGUGCCGCCGCGCGGCGGCGGAGGGAAGCGAAGGAAGCGAAGAAGCGUCGUGCGCGUCGUGCGCAUCGAACGCGUCGGAUCGCGCGGCGGUGCUGAAGACGUCGCGCGAGCUCGCGGACGCGUGCAGGGACGUCGGAUUCUUCUACGCCGUCGGACAUGGCGUCGACGCGACCGUGUACGACGGCGUCCGCGACGCCGCGCGCGAGUGGUUCGACCGACCGCUCGAACACAAGUCGCGUCACGCCAUCACGCCGGAGAGCGCUGGACGCGGGUACCAGCCGCUCGGCGCGAACGUGACGCGGCACGAGCGCGGGUUCGCGCGGGACUGGCACGAGGCGGUGGACGUGUACAAAGACUUUGAAGAGAACGAUCCGGACGUCCUCGCGAAGAAGCCGCUGCACGUGCCCAAUCCGAGGUUGACCGACGCGGCGGCGUUCGAGGGCGCGCUGCGGGCGUGGAGAGACGAGGCGCUGCGCGUCGGCGCGGAGAUCUUGCGGGGCAUCGCGAUCGGGUUGGGGCUCGACGAUGACUUUUUCGCGAGAGAGACGACGGCGAGCGAUCCGUUUUUCGUCAUGCGAGCGAUCCGGUAUCCCCCGCUGCCGACUACGACGGCGGCGGCGGAGGAUCGCGCCGACGACGACGACGCGGCGGCGGCGGAGACGACGACGACGACGGGGGCGAACGCGCACGCGCACGCGCACGCGAUCGCGGCGCCGAGCGAGACGGACGUCGUCGCCGCGAAGCGCGGCGACGACCUCUCCAAAGCCGUCCCGAUUUCUUGCGGCGAACACUGCGAUUACGGCCUCCUCACGCUCGUGAACCAAGACCCGGGGGUGCGCGCGUUACAGGUUAAAAACGCGCGCGGGGAGUGGGUCGACGCGCCGCCGAUCGAGGGCGCGUUCGUUUGUAACAUCGGCGACAUGCUCGAGCUCUACACGAACGGCGUGUGUCGCAGCACGACGCACCGGGUGCUGAUGCCGUCGGCGGAGGAGGCGGCGGACGGCAGAAUCUCCGUCCCGUUCUUCUUCGAGCCAAACUUCGACGCGAUCGUGUCGCCGUUGGCCGCCUUCGGCGACGUCCACGAGAAGUACGCGACUCCGGUGAAGUACGGCGAGCAUCUGCGUCGUAAAAUAGAGGCGAACUUCGAAACGGAUCGCGUCACGAUGCGCGCGCGCGAGUCCUAG